AUGCUUCUUUUACAAGUUAGUCUUGCAUCAAUUACAGCUGUACCACAUGCUGUACAAAAAUUAUAUUCAACAUUAACACUUAAUGUUCCAAAAGAUGAUUUAACCAAAGCAGCUGACAAUGUUUUUAUUGUAGUUGUUCGAACAAUAUCAUUUUUCAAUCAUUCAUGUACAUUUUAUUUAUUAACAUUAAGUGGAAAAAUGUUUCGUCAAGAAUUAUAUAAAAUAAUGAAAAAAUUUAUUUGUAGAUCAAGACAUGAAGGAAUACAUGCAAAUCUUCAAUUAAGAACAUUAACACAAACAAUUAAAUUGAAUAGAACUGAUCCUCAUUCAGAAAUACAACAACAAUAG